CUCAACCUCUCCAGGUCUAUUAGCGUUAUGCUCUCGAGCCGGAAACUGAAGGUCGCGGCACUAUUCGCUGUGCUUCUUCUUACCCUCUCGGCAGCUUUUUACUUGUAUUCUGGAGGCUCUAAAUACAUACCAUUUCCGCCAGGACUUGCCGCUUCUCCUUCGCACUCUGGCACCGCUGCUAACAAAGACGACCACACGCCUCUAUCCGCUGCAAUCGUGGCAGCUGUGCAGAAGGACACAGACUUGGGUUGGCUAUCAGAGGUUAAUAACAGGUGUUUGCUCUUGCUCCCGCCCUCUCAUGUUAAUACCCACAGCAUGUGGAAGCUCCACCGUUACAAUUUUGACGACCCAAAUCCACCGCCGUCCGCAUGGUUUCCAGCAAAUAAGGGACACGAGGCUAUGAUGUACCUGUCGUACAUUAUUACCAACUACAACUCGCUACCCAACUAUUCUCUCUUUAUCCACGGCCAUCGGCAGUCCUGGCAUCAGGAAGGAGACAUGGUGGACCUUAUCAACAGUCUGCAGAUCCAAGCUCUAGAGAGAGAUGGCUACGUCCCGCUUCGAUGCGAUUGGUAUCCCUCCUGCCCUGCCGAGAUCCGCCCGCUUGACCACGAUGCUACGGUGUGGGGACCAGGCGUGCAUCGCGAAGAUGCUGAGAGGGAGAUUGGCAAGAGCUGGAAGGAGCUUUUCGGGUCAAUUGAGUUGCCAAGGACGAUUGCGAGCCAGUGUUGUGCGCAGUUUGCCGUUACUCGGGAUACGAUACAUCGGAGAUCUAGAGCGGACUAUGAACGGAUGAGGGAGUGGCUCCUACGAUCGGAGCUAAUUGAUGAUAUAAGCGGACGUGUGUUCGAGAAGUUGUGGGCGUAUAUCAUGACGGGCGAUGCUGUCAGGUGUCCUCCGCCACAACAGUGUGCUUGCCAGUACUUUGGACGGUGCACGCCUAGGGAAUGGCCCAUUCCACCUGAGGGUCUGGCCAAAUGGGAAUAGGGCAAGGAAGAUGUGUGGCAAGACUUUCCCAUCGCAACCACCCUUCUCUAUCUCUUUCCAUGUCUAUGCCGCGCUGUGGCGCAGAUUGCUCCUGAUCAGCAAUCAACGCGUUGCUGCGUGCCAGCGACGCCGCUAGCUCCAGCAUGCGCGUGGUCUACACGUGAAUACAAAUAGCUGGGAGUGGCUAUUAUGGAGAGUGAGACUGCAGGGGCGUGUCCUGAGCUUAAGUGCGACCUGAAGUGGCACAUGAUCUCAUCACAAAGCGCGUCAACUUGGCGAC